AUGGCUGAUUCGGAAAACACAAACAAACAAGUCGAUAAGCAAAAUAUGUCUUUUAAUAUUAGAGAGAAGCUAGAUAUUGUCGAAAAUAAGCUAAAAUUACGUCAUCAAGACACUUCGGAAAGUGGAAAGGGCACUGUCGAAAAACGCACAACCUCGGAGUACUGUGAAAAGUUGCAGGGGUGGAUGUGGCAGUACUACACUGCAAAUGUGAACUGGCAAAGUUGGCUGGCAGUGUCUGCUCCUCCGUAUUUUGCACCGCAACCAUUCACUGCACCCGUCUGGCCAGCGGAUUUCCCUAAUUUUGAUGCCCAGAACUGGUAUAAUAAUCCAUUCGGACUCCCCUUAACGCCGUAUCCACCCGCCAUCCCCGCGGCUGGAAUUCCGCCUGGGGAAACGGCUGGGAAUGGUGCUGUGUCCACUUCAGUACCAGCGCAACAACAACCACAACAGAACGGCAAUGCACAACGACCAGGUAGCUAUCAAAGACACAGAUGUUGUUCUUUUUGUAUUUGGUUCAUGUGUCUAAUAUGAUAGCUAUAUAGCUAAAGAAGUGUUUGAGAGAAAGCAACAUGCCAGGCCUGUUAUAGUGAUGAAUUAUGAAAAUAGUGCCCUCUGUGGUCUGCUAAAGUUAAAACCAUAGGCUCAUAUGCUAUAGGCCUGGGUUGCUAAAGACUCCCAACCUAUGCCUAUUUAAAUUUUAGAAACAAGGAAUUUCCUCAUGAAGGACAAUAACCAUUAUCAAUGAAUGUGUUGGCUAUGUCUGUGUCUCAGUUGGUAGAGCAUGGUGGUCGUAACACAAGUGUUGUGGGUUCGAUUCCCAUGGGGGACCAGUACAGAAAAUAAAUAUGAAAAUGUAUGUACUACUUUAUUUACUACUUUAAGUCGCUCUGGUUAAGAGCAUCUGCUAAGUCAGUGGUUCCCAAACUGUGGGGCGAGGGGUCGGCGGCCCAUAGAUAUUGUUGUAAUUUUUUAGUUACUCAAAUAUCACAUGAAUUCACAUUAGACAUGGUAAAAUGUAUAGAAUUGCAAGAACAUGUGCUUUAAAACUGCAACAUUUUCUUUUCACCACAUGACAAAAUGUGUAGAAUUGCAGGAAAUAAGCUUUAAACCUGCAAAAUUCUCUCCACCAAAAAGAGGGGUGUGAACAGUUUGUGUCAUGAACGGUGCUUGUGCCCACAGAAAUAGACAUGGCGUGUGCACGCAGGGGGGCGCGGGAUGUUGUAACGAACUGCAAAAAUCUCUGAAGCUGGAGACUCUUAUCUCCCUCACUAACUUUAAGCGUCAGUUGUCAGAGCAGCUUACCGAUCACUGCACCUGUACACAGCCCAUCUGAAAUUAGCCCACCCAACUACCUCAUCCUCUUAUUGUUAUUUAUUUUGCUAAUUUGCACCCCAGUAUCUCUAUUUGCACAUCAUCUUUUGCACAUCUAUCAUUCCAGUGUUAAUACGAAAUUGUAACUAUUUUGCACUAUGGCCUAUUUAUUGCCUAACCUCAAUAACUUACUACAUUCGCACACACUGUAUAUAUAUGUUCUGUUUGUAUUUUUGACUUUAUGUUUUGUUUACCCCAUAUGUAACUCUGUGUUGUUGUUUUUUUAUCGCACUGCUUUGCUUUAUCUUGGCCAGGUCGCAGUUGUAAAUGAGAACUUGUUCUCAACUGGCUUACCUGGUUAAAUAAAAAAAAUAAAAAAAUGUUCCCCAAUGUUGGAAGGGGGGCCCCGAGUGAAAAAGUUUGGGAACUCCUGGCGUCUGCUAAAUUACUAAAAUGUAAAGCGUGCAUUACUAAACUGUUAUUUUAUGUCAAUAUUUAAGACUAAGAUCAUUUGUAGCGUGCAUUACUACUGUAUAUAGUCAAUAUUUAAGAAUCAUUUGUAGCGUGCAUAACUACUGUAUAUAGUCACGAUUUAAGAAUCAUUUGUAGCGUGCAUUACUACUGUAUAUAGUCAAUAUUUAAGAAUCAUUUGUAGCGUGCAUUACUACUGUAUAUAGUCAAUAUUUAAGAAUCAUUUGUAGCGUGCAUUACUACUGUAUAUAGUCAAUAUUUAAGAAUCAUUUGUAGCGUGCAUAACUACUGUAUAUAGUCAUGAUUGAAGAAUCCUUGUAGCGUGAUUCCUUUACUGUAUAUAGUCAAUAUUUAAGAAUCAUUUGUAGCGUGCAUAACUACUGUAUAUAGUCACAAUUUAAGAAUCAUUUGUAGCGUGCAUUACUACUGUAUAUAGUCAAUAUUUAAGAAUCAUUUGUAGCAUGUGUAACUACUGUAUAUAGUAAUGAUUGGCCCUCCUGUAGUUCAGUUGGUAGAGCAUGGCGCUUGCAACGCCAGGGUUGUGGGUUCGUUUCCCACGGGGGGCCAGUAUGAAAAUGUAUGCACUCACUAACUGUAAGUCGCUCUGGUAAGAGCGUCUUCUAAAGAACUAAAAUGUAAACAUGACAUGUAAAAAAUGUAAAAGUAUUGAAUAAUCAUUGGUAGGUGCAUAACUACUGUCUAUAUAGUCAUGAUUGAAGAUAAUUUGUAGCGUGCAUACACUAAUGUAUAUAGGUCAUGAUUGAAGAAUCAUUUGUUUUGUUUUCUUCAGGGACAUUUCCAAGUUGCAAUGCAUUCCAUUGUGGAGGAAAUAGAUGAGGAAGACACCGUCCAUGGAGGAACUCAGAAGGUGAUGCUGGUCGCCCUGGUCUACCGGAUAUUAGUUUGUUUCUAUGAGGUCAGUGAACCUUGUCUUGUCUGAAGUUGCAGUGUGAUGAUGAUUUUCUGGCUUUGUCCUGGAAGUUGCAGUGUGAUGAUGUUUCUGUUCUUUGGCCUGAAGUUGCAUUGUAAUGAUUGUUUCUGUCUUUGUCCUGAAGUUGCAUUGUAAUGAUGUUUCUGUCUUUGUCCGAAGUGAAAGUGUGAUGAUGUUUCUGUCUUUGUUCCUGAAGUUGCAGUGUGAUGAGGUUUCUGUCUUGUAUGAAGUUGCAUUGUAAUGAUGUUUCUGUCUUGUCAUGAUGAAGUGAAUUUGUAAUGAUGUUUCUGGUCUUUGUCUGAAGUUGCAGGGGAUGAUGUUUCUGUCUUUGUCCUGACCUGGUAGUGUGAUGAUGUUUCUGUCUUUUGUCUGACCCUUGUAGUGUGAUAUGUUUUCUGUCUUUGUCCUGGACCUGUGUAGUGGGGAGGAGGUGGGGUAGAUUGUAAUGACAUUGUAGUUGUUGAUGAUGUUUAUGUCUUGUCCUGACCUUGUAGUGUGUGAUGAUGUUUUCUGUCUUUGUCAUGAACCUGUAGUGUGAUGAUGUUCUGUCUUUGAUAUGGGUUCUGUGUUUUUAUCAUUGUUUUUCUCUCUGUUGUUAAUACAGUUUCCCCCUGGGGGGAAUUUACGGUAUUAUUGAUUGAUCUUCUCUUUAAGGAAUUUGUGUGCAUUGUGGGGAGCAGGGGGCGCCAACUCCAGGGAAAGUUCUCAUUGGCUCAGAUGGUCAGCUGUGAUUCCUCUUCCUGGUUCAACCCAAAACCGGGUCCUGUGGUGCCUGCACUAACGUUAGUUCUCUCUGUUGUAAGUAGUGGGUCACAAAACACCACCCCUCUAUCCAUCCACGUGUUGUGUGAAAUAAUAAACCAGCCAUUUGUAUUGACACCUCUUGUCCGACAUGAUUUUAAAGUGGUGAUGUGGUCACACAUGACAGUCUGGCUAUUAGAUGAAGUCCCUUGAUGUUCUGCUCAUUUGUUGUUGGUGUGUCUAUGAUCUCUGAGACUUCCACACGUUUAGUUUGUGUCUAUGAUCUCUGAGACUUCCACACGUUUAGUUUGUGUCUAUGAUCUCUGAGACUUCCACACGUUUAGUUUGUGUCUAUGAUCUCUGAGACUUCCACGCGUUUAGUUUGUGUCUAUGAUCUCUGAGACUUUCACACGUUUUGUUUGUGUGUCCCUCUUCAGGUCAACAGUCCGAGCCUUGAACAAAAACUUCUCCAUUGCCUUCUUAUUCCCGGCCUUCAUCACGGUGUUCUUCUUCCAGCACAACAGGACUGUGUAUGACAUGGUGGCUGGCACUAUCGUUGUCAAGCGCACCGGAGCCAGAUGA